GCGAUUUAAAAGUCGCAGCUUUGAAAAGCACGAUAUCAACUGGAAAGCAUUGCCAGUGCUGCCCUCCCCUUCCACCUUACUCAAACCGGCCGCCGCCACCGCUUGCCGUCCCUCUCCUUUGCCAGGUAAAACGGCCAUUGCUUUCCGUGUUAACAUUCAUCACCGCCUAUGUAUACAUGUCUGUAUGUAUACACAUAGAAUUUGAACGUUUUGAUUUAACCCACACAACUUAAAUCUUCGAAGACGAAAACAGAACAAGAAAUUGAAUUACAAAUUUCAACAGCAACAAUGAUUAGAAAAAAACUUUUUUUAUAUCCGUAUUUGCAUCAAAAUAUUAUCUUUACCAAUCUUUUAUCUACUGUCUCAAGUACAAACUCCCUACCUGAUUUCAUUCCCAAUGAUUUACACGCAGUAGAAAUCCAAAUAAAAUCUCUAGGUGAAAAACCCCACACCAGAACCCAGUUUAAUAAAGCCCUUGCGCUUUUCGAUCAAGUUGGGGAUAUGGGUCUCGUUCCUUCGAGACACACGUGCAAUUUUCUCGUUCAAAUUCUUGCCAAGAACAAAGAAUACAAAAUGUCUUACAGUGUUUACAGGAAAAUGACUUGGGUUGGAGUUUCACCGAGUUUUCUGUCAUUAUCCUCUUUGGUUGAGUGUUUUGUGCAUUUCAACAUACCGGAAUUAGCACUUGCUGUGCCUGGUAUAAUUUUGAAAAGUGGGUUUAGCAUUAAUGUGUAUGUUGCAAAUCUUGUAUUGAAGAGUUUGUGUUAUAAAGGCAAAUUUGUUAGGGCUGUGGAAUUCUUGGAUGAAAUGGGAAGAAAUUCUGUGCUGCCAGAUGUAGUUAGUUUUAAUACUCUGAUAAAGGGAUUGUGCACGGUGAGAAAUCUGGAUGAAGCUAUAGAUAUGAGGAGUCAGAUGGAGCGUGCUUAUUGCGUUCCUAACGUGGUUACUUAUAACAUUUUGAUGGAUGGUCUCUGUUUGAAGGGUCGGACUGAUGAAGCGAUGAGAUUGUUGGAGGAGAUGAGAAUGAAGCAGUUGGAGCCGGAUCUUUAUAUCUAUAACACACUUAUAAAUGGACUCUGCAUUAAUGGAGAUGUUGAUAGAGCGAAGGGACUUUUGAACGAGAUGUUGGGAAAGGAAAUCUCUCCGAAUGAAGUUACAUAUACGUGUUUGAUGAAUGGUCUUUGUAAGAUGGGAAAAUUGAAAGAAGCCAAGGGUUUGUUUAACACUAUGUUGGAGCGUGGAAUACGUCCCGAUGUUGUUACCUUCACAGGUAUGAUUAGUGGGCUUUGCAAGGAUGGGAAGAUUGCAAAAGCGUUGGAGCUGUUUAAUUUCAUGCUGGAAAAGAGAGAAGAGCCUAAUAACAUUACAUAUAACAUUCUAAUUAAUGGAUUAUGCAAGGAAGGAUUGCUAAGUGAUGCUUUCAAGAUUCUUGAAAUGAUGGUCGAGAAGGGCAAAAAGCCUGAUGUGGUUACUUACAAUAUGAUUCUGAGGGGACUUUGUGACAUUGGGAACGUUAACGAUGCUCUGAAACUCUUUGAUUUGAUGCUGUCAAACAAGAAUUAUGUUGACCCAGAUGCUUGGACGAUCAGCAUGUUGAUCCGAGGUCUGUGUAGAGAAGGCCGUCUUGACGAGGCUGCAAGAAUUAAUAGCGAGAUGGUUGAGCAUAAGAAAGUUGGUGACGUGGUGACAUAUACUGCACUAAUUGGAGCUUAUCUAAAGGAAGGAAAUGUUGAAAAAGGUAUGGAACUGUGGAAGGAGGUUUUACAAUUGGGCCUUAUUCCUGAUUCACGGACUUACAGUGUUAUGAUUGAUGGAUUUUGCAAACAUAACAUCAUAAACAUUGCGAAAGGGUUGUUUAGUAAAAUGAGAUCCUUAGGUCUUACUCCUACACUGCCUGACUACAAUACAUUGAUGGCGACCUUGUGCAAAGAGGGUAGUUUUGAGCAAGCAAAGAGGUUGUUUAAAGAGAUGGUUGAUGGAAGCAUUCAACCAGAUGUUAUCUCGUAUAAUAUCAUAGUCGAUUCAUCAAUAAAGGCUGGGAACAUGCAGUAUGCCAAUGAGUUACUUAACCAUAUGAAUCGAAGGGGAUUGAAUCCUGAUGCUUUUACCUUUUCAAUGUUGAUUAAUAGGUUAUCAAAAUUAGGACUGAUGGAAGAGGCUAAAAGCACGUUUGAGAGAAUGACUGCAUGUGGAUUCUCACCUGACAUCUCUGUUUAUGAUUCAUUGCUGAAGGGGUUUAGCGUACAGGGUCAAACAGAAGAGAUGAUUGGCUUACUUCGGAAAAUGGGAUCUGAGGGUGUUGUUCUUGACUCUAAAAUCACUUCAACUAUCAUGACGUGUCUGUGUGAUAUUUCUGACGAUCAAGACGUUGUGGAGCUUCUACCAAAAUUUUCCCAAGAGGAUUGGAAAAAUGGUGGUGUUGCAUGUGAUGAGUUGUUAAUGAAACUCCAAAAGGUUCUUCCCAAGUUUCAUUCAUAAGCAUUUUCAGUAAUACUGAAGCAGAAGUGCUGAAGGCUAUUUAUCUAUGUCCUGAAUUUGGUAGUAUGCAUGGUAAUGAACGAUGCAUAUUCGUAAAGUGACAGGAUGGACAAACAAAUAUUUAGCAUAUCACCGUAAAUUUUCAAUUUGGAAGCGGCUUGGAUCUAAUUACAUUGAAUUUUCUCUUAGAGGUGACAGAGAACUGAAUGGAAUAGGGUAAGAUGAUUUAUUUACGAAGAAUCAAAUUUAUUGGAAUAAGAUAGUUCACUGUUGUUUUAAGUGGGGCGUCAAUUUGAACUGUGAAGAUGAUGAAAGAGCAACAGCACUAGCAAUCAGAAUCUUCAAAAGCCCCCUCUCGAGAACUUCUGGACAAUCCUUACCCAUUUGAUGAUCCAAGCUCUGGAGUAAUCUCUCUCUCUCUCUCUGAAUGUGUUUGCGUGCACGUGUAAAUGCACUCAUUUAACUGCACUGAUAAUGUGUAUAUGAAGAACAGAAGAUGCUCCUUUUCCUAUCAGAAUUGAUUUUUCUGGUCAGCAUGAAUUUAUUAUCUAGUUCUGCUAAUGCAGUCCAGAUGGAAACCUGCUUUAUAGAUUUAAUGAGACCCCCUUAUGCUUUAUUUCCGGAGUGUAAGUUUAAGAUCUCCCCUUAAAACUGUUCUACCAGUUCAUGCUUGUUUGGUAAACUUGUCUCCGGAUUUUCACGGUUUUAACAUAGUACUCUAACAUGUCUGAUGAAGCUAGGGUACUUACUCAGUUCGCCCAGAUCUAAUUUAGUAACAUCAUCCAUAGAAACAGUGGCUGAAUACAGCUCUGUUAAAGGCACGGAUGAAGGGAGACAUACUGAACAGACGCCAAAAGGGAAGGAAAAAAAUCCCAGUCAAGAAUUAGGCUCAAUGAGGCGUACUCGUCCCCAAAUUCCGGACAAAUGACCCCCUAAACAUAGUAUCUUUAAAGUCUGAAAAUGGUAUUGUACACAAGUUUGCAUUUAGACAUGUCAUGUUUAUGUUUUUGUUUCUGUUUUCAGCACAGUUCAUGUUUAGUUGAGGUUAUAGAAGCUGAACUUGCUCAUACAAGUGAUUCCACCCUUAAAUUAAAAAUAAAUUUCUUA